AUGUUUCACCAACUUCAAGCCGCAUCCAGGCCAGCUUUGCGAACCAAUAUUUUACGGAUUGCGUCUCGUCGAUACUAUCAUGCGGAUGUCUUACCGUCACUCAUCUCGCGUUCUUCCCCGGAGUUCAUAGCUAGGUCCCAGGCCAUGGACGAAUUGGUGAAGGAUCUUGAGACAAAGAUGGCAGAAGCUCGUCUCGGAGGGGGUGCAAAGGCUGCGGAAAGAAUGAGGAGCAAAGGGAAGAAACUUCCGCGUGAACGCCUGGGUUUACUCCUCGAUCCCCACAGCCCUUUUCUUGAGCUGUCGCCUCUGGCGGCUCAUGAAGUGUACCCAGAAUCUGUGCCAGGCGCGGGUAUUAUCACAGGCAUUGGUCGGAUAUCUGGCAAGGAAUGUGUCAUCGUAGUUAACGACGCGACUGUGAAGGGCGGCUCCUAUUAUCCGCUGACGGUCAAGAAGCAUAUCCGGGCACAGGAAAUUGCGAGAGAUAAUGGUUUGCCCUGUGUAUACGUAGUGGAAUCUGGGGGCGCGGCUCUACCCCAUCAGGCUAAUGUGUUCCCGGAUAAAGAACAUUUCGGUCGCAUCUUCUACAACAUGGCACAAAUGUCCGCCUUAGGCAUACCACAGAUUGCCAUAGUACACGGUAUCUCCGUGGCUGGCGGGGCCUACGUGCCCGCCAUGGCCGACGAGAACAUCAUUGUCCGUAAUCAAGGCCACAUUUUCCUAGCAGGCCCUCCACUCGUCAAAGCCGCCACAGGCGAGGUUGUCGACGAAGAAACGCUCGGCGGCGGACUAAUGCACUCGUCAGAGAGCGGCGUGACCGACCACCUCGCUCGGGACGACGAGCAUGCUAUCGCCAUUGCCCGCGGCGUCGUAGGUGACCUCGGGAAGUCCGGAGGGGCGGAGAUUGCACAUCUGGCCCAGCCGGAUGCCCCACCCGAAGAUCCGAUAUAUUCUCCGUCUGAGCUGCAUGGUAUCGUCGGCACGGACGUGCGCCAGCCGUUCGACAUGCGCGACGUGAUUGCGCGGAUAGUGGACGGCAGCCGGUUCCGGGAGUUUAAGAAGGAAUACGGUACGACGAUGGUCACGGGAUUCGCCCAUAUACACGGGUACCAAGUCGGGAUCGUGGCGAACAACGGGAUUUUGUUCUCCCCGUCAGCACUCAAGGCGACGCACUUCAUUGAGCUGUGCUCUCAGCGCAAGGUCCCGCUGCUCUUCCUCGUAAACGUCACCGGAUACAUGGUGGGCUCGAAGGCCGAGAAGGGCGGUAUCGCGAAGGACGGGGCGAAGAUGGUCCGCGCGGUUGCGUGCGCGGAUGUGCCUAAGCUGACUGUCAUCGUUGGCGGGAGUUUUGGCGCAGGGAAUUACGGUAUGUGUGCUUACUCGCCUAGAUUCCUGUGGAUGUGGCCUAAUGCGAAGGUCUCUGUAAUGGGUUCUGGCCAGCUCUCGCAAGUGAUGACAACCGUGUCCAAGGACCCCGCGCAGCACAACUCGUUGAAAGCCGAGAUCGAGAAGCAAUCGACGGCGCUGUACGCGAGCGCGCGGCUGUGGGACGAUGGGAUCAUCCGUCCGACGGAUACGCGGGAUGUCGUGGGGCUUGGGCUGGCACUGGCUGCGCGCCAGAUUUGCGGCGCAACGAGAAAUGCCGUUACAACGACCACGUGGGAUGGGAAUGGGAGGGGCUUUGGGGUGUUCCGGAUGUAA